GUUUUUCAUUAAUCAUUAAUAUUAAUGAAUUAAGUUUUUCUCAGAAAACAUUAAGCAUUAAUAUUAAUGGUUAAUGAGAAAAAUUAACAUUAAUAUAAAAUUAAUGUUAAUGGCCCACCCCUACGUGGCAUGAUUCUUGGGAAGUCAUUAACGUAUAUUCAAUUAGGAUUAUCUCAGUACUAGCUAUGCCAAUAACCAAGAUUAGGUUUCGGCAGAAAAACGCUAAAAAAAGACAAAUUUGAAGCAUUAUUACAGUUGAAAUAUGUUUUCAUUUUCCGCUGACUUACUACCAAUUUCUCAAUCUUUCCUACUAAAAACAACUAUAGGCGAUCGAAGAAACGGAAUAUUGUCUGACCUGAAUACUACUUCAUAGUUCUGUUUCAGUGUGGGAUUUUCCUAUUGGAUAAAAUCAUGUUCCCCUAUGUUCCCUAUGGGUACUAGUAAAAUUGGAUGAAUUCAAGAAUCUAGGACUAUAGAAUUGCAUAAAUGAAAAAUUGAUCUUGCAAAUGGAUCUCUUGACGAUACUUUAGAGAUUCUGGCAGUCUACUGGUGGCUAUAUUCUUUUUCUUAAAGAUUUUCAUUUAAAGGAAAGCCGUCCAUACAGCAUUUCGAAAGAGCCCAGAGCAUAGAUUUUUUAAUAUCCGCUCAGGGUGUAAAUGUGAGCGCAUAUGUUCGGUAUUAAACUAUCAAUGCCUUUAUCUAAACACCGAUACUAAUUGGAUUACUCUCAUUGGCGCCGGUUACCGGUAAGGUUUGUUUACCCAUGAAACCGAUGAGAAAGUGAGAGUAAAACCAUGAUUUCCCGACAGUCACACCCUUCUCUGAGAUAAAGCAGCAUAUAUACACGUGACAUAAUUCGAUGUAAACAGUUGUCUGCGCGACGAUGCAGAUGCUCGCCCUUGUGUACAACUUUUUCACUUGAAUUGAAGAUCAUUCACAACUCAAUAAAAUAGUGUCUGAAAGUUAAAAGUUCGGCUUCUCAGGCAACUAAUAAAUUUAUGACCAAAGUCUGUUUUUGUCUAAUUACAUAGAAAACUAUUUUAUCAACGGCUAUGCUUAUGUUUAUGUACAAUCAUCGUAGGGAUACUAGCGCUAGCUGCUAUAGUUGCAGUUGCGAUUUUUUUCUCGACUUGUGAGUAAUUCUAAUUUUCUGGCGCUUUUAUCCUCUUGAAGUUUUCCAUCGUGUAAUUUAGCGCAUAGAAAUACGACAACAGCAACAACAGCUACGACUACAACUGCUACGACCGCCACAACAGCAACUACUACAACUGCAACAACAACAACUACAACGACCACAACAAGUACAACAACCACUACGACAACAACGACAACCACAUCAACUACAACAACAACGACAACCACAUCAACUACAACCACGACGACUACUACAACAACGGCAACAACGACCACAACAAGUACAACAAGUACAACAACGACUACGACAACAACGACAACAACGUCAACUACAACAACAUCAACCACGACCACAACUACAACCACGACGACUAGUACAACAACGACAACAACGACCACAACGACAACUACAACAACUACAACAACGACUACGACAAAAACAACAACGUCUACAACAUCAACUACAACAACACCAACUACUACAACAACAACUACUACAACAACGACAACGACAACGACGACAACCACAACCACAGCAACCACCACCACAACAACAACUACUACUACUCGCACCACUACUACAACAACAACGAGUAUGUUUUAUCAUGUCUUGUUUACAUUAGUAAUGUUUUUAAUACUGUAGAAACUAAGAGUAGGUCAAUUUUUGCAAACGACGAUAAUCGUUGAUUUCCAUUCCACUGAGUAAGCGUAUCAGCGGAAGAAAAUCUAGAUUAAAUCUAAUCCAUUCUAUAAGUGCAAGUCAAUAGAAUUUUCAAUUUUUAACAGCAACAUAUAUUAUUAAAUGAUUCGCGAAAACAAUAUUAAGUAUCAGAUUAGAAGACAUUACAUGUAUUUUGGGGAUAUACGGGAGAUUUCCUUUGCCCACCCUUCGUCACAUUCGCAUUUAGAGAGAUGUAUGGUGUUCAUUUUCAGCGAUGCCCAUACGCCAAUAUCUCCGAUGCCUCCUCUCUUAAUAUUUAAUUGAAUUUCACCGAUACUUUUAAAAGACAUCACUUUGUUAAAACUUGAAAAUUCAGUUUAAGUCAAGUUUCAAGCAUUACAUAUCUAUGAUCUAAGUGUUAUGAAUUGAGGAUAAGCGGAGACGUCACAUCAGCAUUUGGUAGAAGAUUUUUCAGAGUAUUUCUACUACGGGCGAGACCACAUAUAUUGUUUCGAGUUCUUACAUCUUACAUAAAAACAGCACAUUCUUUUUUUAUAUAUCGCUAGAUAGAGUAGAACUUCGAACCCUGAACUGAUUCAGAAGCUUCAUAGCAGUUAAAUCCUAAUCUAGUCUGAAAUUUGUAAAAUUCUAUAACCUGCAUUCCUUAUAGAUAAAAGUAUAUAAAACUUAUCAGAAACAGUGGAGAGAAAGCUAGCUCUUCAGUAGCUGAAACAAGUAACACUCGUCGCUUAGAAUAGCUUGACCCUUGACUGUAUGUUCUACUCUUCCGAUAUAAUUUACUGUUUUGCAAGCUUCAACAACACUACUCUCCAGUAUUUGAAAAAGAAUGGAUAUUAUUUUAGACCCUGGCAUAAAAAGCAAUGCUAGAUUACUGCAUCCUAUACACAUUUUCACGCUUCUUUUUGUCCUGAAUUCAUCUGAUAACACUGUGUCUUUAGGAUGAACAGGUCGCUAAAAUUAGUACAAUGUAUCCAAGAUCAUGCUAAUACUAAUCGUACAGUGCAUACAGGCAGGGCUACUAAUAGUAUAGGCAGAGGAAUAGUAAUCUUAUGCGGCUUAAGUCCCCUCCCACACCUUUCAAGAAUGAUACCACUAAAAAUGUUCAGAUCAGCCUGAAAUUUUCAGAGACGCGUGGCCGAAUUAAGGAACAUCCACAGUUUAACCUCCAUCGUAAUAUAUCAAAUUAAACAUAUUUUACAGUUGAUACAUAGUUGAAUUCUACUAUUUUAGAGAAUCCCCAUGUUGGAAAAACCGGAGUAAAAUUGACGGUUUACCUCGGUUUUACCGCUCCGGUUACCGGCUUCCAUCAACACAAAUUUACUGCGGGUGUGGGUGCUGAAACUCCUAUGCACCCACACCCACAGCCACACCCACACCCAGAGCCACACCCAGAGCCACACCCAGAGCCACACCCACGG